CUUGUAACGGGUCCAGACCGGACCUGGACCUGGACCCGGACCUGCGGUUCCUCUACCGACCACCGACCUCGACUUAAAGCAGCCCUGAUGCAUUCUGGGAGUUUGUUGGACAGUGGGGAACCAGCCGGCGGCAUGACGGAGGAGUUGAGUCCCCAGCUGGUGGACUACUUCGUGGUGGCGGGUCUGUCCCCCGGGGGGACGUGGCGGCCGCUGGACGAGGACGGGAGAUCGUCUUCGUCCUGCUCGUCCUCCUCGUCCUCCUCCACCCCCCCGUCCCCCCGGGCCCCCGAACCCGUCACCGACCUGGUGGUCAUCGCCCGCGGCCUCGGGGAGGACGUCCCCGAGGGAUUCACCUGCAUCGAGAAGACGCUGGGAGGACACCAGGCGGAGCUGAGCGCCGGCCUGCUCAACAACCCGCACCUGUACCUGUGCUACCGCCGGGGGAGGGACAAACCGCCCCUGCUGGAGAUCGGGGUGCUGUACGAGGGCCGGGAGCCGCUGAAACCGGGCUGGUACGUGAUCGAGACGACGCCCUACAGCCGCUCGGCCAGCCUGAGCUCGGGCGGCGGCCCGGCGGCCCACCGGGUCUUCCUCACGUACCGCCGGGCCCCGGACUCCCAGGGCCUGCACGCGCUGGGCGUCACCGACAUCGCCCUGCUGCUGCCGGGCAAGGGCGAGGUGGCACCGCACACCUUCUGCCGGGUCGACAAGAACCUCAACACGGGCAUGUGGGGUCCAGCGCUCUACGUCUGCUACAAGAGAGCCGUGGCCAAAGCCAACGCCCUGGUGUUUGAAGCUGGUCUGAUCAGCCGGUACCCGCAGCAGGACCUGGACUCGUUCCCCCUGCCUGAGUCCGUCCCGGUCUUCUGUCUCCCCAUGGGGGUGACGGUGGAGUCGUGGCCGCCCAACAGCAAGUACCAGCUGCCCGUCUUCUCCACCUUCGUCCUCACGUCCGCCUGCGGAGACAAGGUUUACGGCGCUGCUAUCCAGUUCUACGAGUCGUUCUCUGCGGACCAGCUGACGGAGCGUCAGUGCGUCCGUCUGGGGCUGCUCAGCGUGGUGGACCGCCGGCCCAUCGCCGGCAGAACCCUCCACGCCAAGAAAAGCAUCUGCGUCCUGUCUCACUGGCCGUUCUUCACCGUCUUCCAGAAGUUCCUCACCUUCGUCUACCGAUACUCCAUCUCCGGACCGCACGUGCUGCCCCUCGAGAAACACGUCUCCAGCUUCAUGCACAACGUCCCGUUCCCGUCGCCCCAGCGGCCCCGGAUCCUGGUCCAGCUGUCUCCGUAUGACAACCUGCUCCUCUGCCAGCCGGUCUCCUCCCCCCUGCAGCUCAGCGGGGCCAGUUUCUUGAAGCUGCUCCAGAAUCUCGGUCCAGAGAAUUCCUGCACUCUCCUGCUGGCCGUCCUGACGGAACACAAGCUGCUGCUGCACUCGCUCAGACCUGACGUUCUGACGGCUGUUAGUGAAGCCCUGGUGUCUAUGUCGUUCCCGCUGCGCUGGCUCUGCCCCUACAUCCCGCUGUGCCCCCUGCAGAUGGCUGACGUGCUGCUGGCCCCCAUGCCCUUCAUCGUGGGGGUUCACUCCAGCUACUUCGACCUGUACGACCCCCCGGCAGAGGUUCUGUGUGUGGACCUGGACACCAACACCAUCUUCCAGUCCGAGGAUAAGAAGCCGUUGUCGUGGCGAUCGUUGCUCAGGAAACCCGUGAAGUCGCUGUUCAACACGCUGAGCAGCCUGCACCGGACCCUGGAGAAGAUCUGCAGCCCGGGCCAGGAGGAGGCCACGCUGGAGUUCCUGCUCACCGACUACGACCAGAUCUACCGGCGGCAGAAGCAGCUGGAGCUGGAGAUCCAGGAGGCUUUUCUGCGCUUCAUGAGCUGCCUGCUACGCGGCUACCGCUCCUUCCUGCUGCCCAUCACGACCGCGCCGUCCGACACCGCCACGGACUGCAGCUCCCUCUUCAACCUGCAGGGGUUCCUGAAGUCCCGGGACCGGAACCAGCAGAAGUUCUACACCCAGAUGUCCCGGACCCAGAUGUUCACCCAGUUCAUCGAGGAAUGUUCCUUCGUCAGCGACCGACACGCCUGCCUGGAGUUCUUCGACGAGUGUGUGCAGAAGGUGGACGUGGAGAAACCCGAGGACGUCCGACUGAUCGACCUGGACGAGACUCACGGUGGAGAACACACGGUGUUCAUCAUGCCCCCCGAGGAACCACAGGAGGAGGACGGGUCUGAGAGCCCCGCCCUCUACAGCUACGAGACCUUCCCCACCCUGAGGCCAGAACUGUUCGAGCGACCGCAGGACCAGCUCCGCCUCCCGGCCAGAGGCUCCGCCCCCAGCAGCCCCGCCCCCCGCCGCACCAAGCAGGAGAUCAAGCUGGCCCAGAAACAGGCCCAGAAGUACUCGUCGGUGCCGGACAUGUGGUCCAAGGUUCUGCUGGGCCACGUGUACGGACUCUGGUUCCUCUACCUGCCCACCUUCGUCCGGGCCGAGCCGGCCAAGGUCCCGGCCCUGCACGCUGCCUACGACGUGCUGAAGCACAUGGAGACCCGGAAGGUGGUGCUGCCGGACGAGGUGUGUUACCGGAUCCUCAUGCAGCUCUGUGGGCAGUACGGCCAGCCGGUCCUGGCGGUUCGAGUCAUGUUGGAGAUGAAGAAGGCUGGAGUUACACCCAACACCAUCACCUACGGAUACUACAACAAGGCCGUGCUGGAGUGCAAGUGGCCGUCCACCAACCAGGGGGGGCGUCUCCGCUGGGCCAAGCUCCGGAAUGUCCUGCUGGCCGUGGCCCAGUUCAGACGACCAAUCAGGCGGCGGCAGAAGAGCGGCUCGGUGGGCAGCCGCGGAGAAGCCGUGGCUACGCCCGACCCCAGGCCCCGCCCACACUCCUCCCUGAUUCGCCAGGCCAGCUGGAGCGGUUUGAGUGACAGCUCCAGCCACGAGUCCCUGACUGGUCCGUUGGUGAAAAGCAGCAGCCUGAGCAGCAUGAAGACGUCCAGCAGAACCAGAACCUCCAGUAAAACCCUCCAGACUGCAGAGACCAACGGCUGCAGGGACCCCGGUAGCUCCAAGCCCCCCCUGGGCCGGCGGGACGCCUCCCCGCGGCCGGGGCCCCCCGGUGGUCCGGUGGCCCCCCCCAGGGGGACGGCCCUCUCCGGGGGGGUCCGGGUCCCCCGCAGCCAGGUCUGCCUGUCCACCUUCUACAAGGACUGUGGGCGGCCCAGCGAGCCGGAGCCGGAUUGCAGCUGCCAGCCGGAGGACCGGGACGCCAGGUCCUCGGAGUCCCGGGAGACCCUGUCCCGGUCCAAGGUGGUGGACGAGAACUCCAACACGGUGUCGUCUCCGAGCCGCGGGGGUCUGGCGGGGAAACUGCAGCAGCUGCUGACGCCGACCAAGCACCGCGCCUCGGUGCGCCGCGCCGCCAGCGUGGGCGACCGCCGGCCCGGCGGGGGAGGAGGGGGAGGGGGUGGAGGGGGGACGGGCAUCGGCCGACGCGUCUCCGACCAGAGACAGUCCAGGAAAGCCCAGGUCACGGAGACGCUGCUGAAGGCCAAGGAGAGGCUGGUCAACGCCACGUCAGAGAGCUCGUUGUCGGUAGGAAGUGACCUGGACCUGACGGACACGCCCCCCCCGGCGUUCCCGCUCCGCCGGUCCUGGGACGGCGGCCAGGAGGGAGCCGGGAUGGAGGUGCUGAUGUCCAGCUGCUCGCUCUGCCGCAGCUGCAACUCUCUGGUCUACGACGAGGAGAUCAUGGCCGGCUGGACGUCCGACGACUCCAACCUCAACUCGUCCUGCCCCUUCUGCUCCGCCUCCUUCGUGCCCUUCCUGAACGCUGAGAUCUGCGACCUCGGACCCGUCAGCAGUGCGGAGCGCUGCCACUGGAACCUGGAGGACGAGGUGGAGAGCGCCGUGAGGCCCCCCAGCACCCAGGGGACCCCCCCCCGGCACCAGUGCAACGGCCUGAGCGACGACUCCAGCUCCGAGACCAGCAGCUACUCGGAGACCAGCAGAACCACCACGGGCUCGCUGGCCGCCAUGCCCCCCCAGGUGGCCGUGGCCUACCUGAGCCCGCUGGUCCUGAGGAAGGAGCUGGAGAGUCUGCUGGAGAACGAGGGCGAGGCGGUUCUGUCCCAGAACCAGUUCCUGGAGAACCACUCCAUCAUCUUCUGGAACCUGCUCUGGUACUUCCAGAGACUGGGACUGCCCUGCAACUUGCUGCAGCUGGUGAGGGGGUCGCCGCUGGUCAGACACUUCACCCAGUCGGAGAACUCGGCGGUGAGAGUCCGGCUCCUCUGGGACACGCUGGCCCCCGACACGGACCAGUGGCCCCCCCUCUACAUCCUGUGGAGGAUCCACAGUGGCGUCCAGAGGCGGAGCUACAGCUGGCGGAGACACAACCACCCGUUCUCCCUGUCCUUCCUGGAGGAGGUGCUGCGCUGCGUCGGCAUGAACGAGGUGCACAAGGCCGUCACCCUGUUCCUGGAGACGCUGGCCAAGCAGCCGGGGAACCCGCGGACCCAGAGGAGUCUCUACCGGGAGUUCCUGUUCCUGACGCUGGCGGCGAUGGGCAAGGACCACGUCGCUGCGUUUGAUAAGAAGUACAAGGCGGCGUGUUCUCGUCUGGGCGGGACCCUGGGGAAGGAGGAGCUGCGGCGGCGGCGCGCUAACCCCCCCAGCGCCAAGGCCGUGGACUGCAGACGCAGCUUCCACCCGCCGCUGGAGUGCUGAGGCCCCGCCCACUGGGGGCGUGGUCAUCUGGACCCGGAGCCCCGCCUACUGGACGUUGGGCGGGGUCGUUGGCGACUCGUAGGCGACUCGUAGACAACUCGUAGGCGACUCCUCUGCAAGUCUUCGGUGACUCGUUGGCGACUUAUUGGUGACUCCUCGGCGAGUCCUCUGCGAUUCGUUGGCGACUUGUUGACGACUGAUCUGCGAGUAUUCAGCGAUUCGUUGGCGACUCGUUGGUGAGUCUUCUGCGAUUCGUUGACGAAUCAUUGGCGACUCGUUGGCGACUCCUCUGCAAGUCUUCAGCGAUUCGUUGGUGAGUCCUUGGCGAGUCCUCAGCGACUCGUUGGCGACUCCUCUGCGAUUCGUUGGCGACUCGUUGGCGACUCCUCUGCGAGUCUUCUGCGAGUUCGUUGGUGAGUCCUUGGCGAGUCCUCAGUGACUCGUUGGCGAGUCCUCGGCGAUUCGUUGGCGACUUGUUGGCGACUCCUCUGCGAGUAUUCAGCGAUUCGUUGACGAAUCCUUGGCGACUUGUUGGUGACUCCUCGGCGAGUCCUCGGCGAUUCGUUGGUGACUCCUCAGCGAGUCCUCGGCGAUUCGUUGACGAAUCGUUGGCGACUCCUCUGCGAGUCCGCAGCGACUCGUUGGCGACUCCUCUGCAAGUCCUCGGCGAUUCGUUGACGACUCCUUGGUGACUCCUUGGCAACUUCUCUUCGACUCCUCUGCGAUUUGUUGGCGACUCGUUGGCGACUCCUCUGCGAGUCUUCUGCGAUUCGUGCUUCGGUUUCACUUGUUCAGCAUCUUUAAAGGAGCCGUUUAGUUCCCUAAACCAAGAGUUCCCGAGUCGCCGGGCUCCGGACUCAGACGUGAGGCGUCCAGGUCCAGGUCCAGGUCUUGGUCCAGGUCCAGGUCAAGGUCCAGGUCUUGGUGUCACCAGAAACCAGCUGGUCGUUGUUGUUGUUUUUAUUUAUUUAUUUUUUAACCUGCGGUUGUUUCAGCUCAGUCCUGGUUGCACUAAAGGGAUUCUCUGUUUCUCUGUUUCUCUGUUUCUGGUUCCACUCCUUGACCGAUUGCAUCCUCACAGAUAAUUGUGUUUAAAACAGAUGUUUGCAGUUGUCAUUUAUAUUUGGCCUCAGUUUGGUUUCAGUUGUAAAUGUGUGUUUUUUAAGAAAACGCAAAAAAUUAAAGACGGUAGUGAAGCUGC